AUGUCUCUCCUCAGGAGGCUCCUCCUUUUGCCUUCACGCAAUAUUGAUCUUUCUUCUCUCUUGCCCGUCCCCCGCCCGUGUCAAUACUAUUGUUCUUCCCCUCGCCCUUCCCCCACUCCCCCACUUCCGCUGCCAGAUCCGCCCGCUAUAGGCACAGUGGCGUACGCCACCGUUCUGCACACCUCCGAGUUCUACGUGUGCGGCGCGAUCGUGCUGGGGCACAGCAUUCGGCGCAGCGGCAGCCGGCACGACAUGGUGGCGCUGGUGUCGCGUGAAAUCAGUAACCGCAGCCGCGACGCGCUCGGGGAGGCUGGGUGGAUCGUCAAGGAGAUUGAGCGGAUCCGAAACCCGUUCGCGCAGGAGAAAACUUAUAACGAGUGGAACUACAGCAAGCUACAGCUGUGGCAGGAAGCUGCGGCUGUGACAGCUGACGGAGUGCUCCCCUUGUCCCCCUCACCCCCGCCUCUUUUUUUUCUCUCUUUCUUCUCCCCUCCCCCCACCACGUUCCCUGCGGCUGUGGCAGCUGACAGAGUAGUCAUUGGUGGUGUUCGCGGACGCCGAUCUGCGACCAUCUCUGCGACCAUCUCUGCGACAAUCUCAAGGGUGCUGUUCGCGGACGUGGAUCUGCUGGUGCUGGUGCUGUGCAAUCUGCCGCCGUGGCCACUGACAGAGUACCAACACCUCUCCGUCUCUCCUUUCUCCUUUCUCUCCCCCUUGUCCCUCCCCUAUGCUUCCAGCAACCUGCGGCUGUGGCAGCUUGUGGAGUACUCAUCGGUGGUGUUUGUGGAUGCAGAUCUGCUGGUGCUCAAGCUGCGCUUGUGGCAGCUGACAGAGUACUCAGCGGUGGUAUUCGUGGACGCGGAUCUGCUGGUGCUGCGCAAUCUCGACCACCUCUUCGCCUUCCCCGACGUGGCGGCGCGAGGCAACGACCAGACGGACUUCAACUCGGGCCUCAUGCUGCUGCGCCCCUCCCACUGCACCUUCCGCGAGCUCCUCGCCAACGUGCACACCAUCCGCUCGCCCAACGGGGGCGAUCAGGGCUACCUGAACAACUACUUCACGUGGUGGAACCGCCUGCCCGACUCAGUCAACAUUCUGAAGCACGUGUGGGCCACAGAGGAGCUCUUUAGAUCCCGCGAGCUGGAAGGCUACCUGAACAACUACUUCACGUGGUGGCACUGCCUGCCUGACUUGGUCAACAUUCUCAAACACGUGCGGGCAACCGAAGAACCCUGCAGAUCUCGCGAGCUGGAAAUGAAGAGCCGGUGGUUCUCAGAGGAGCCGGCAGAGAUCCACACCAUUCACUACCCCUCACCUGUUCACCCAUCCCACCCAUUCCGGUUCUCCCCAUUCCUCCCCCGCUUCCCAUCUUCCCAGGGCUACCUGAACAAUUACUUCACGUGGUGGCACCGCCUGCCUGACUCGGUCAACAUUCUCAAACACGUGUGGGCAACCGAAGAACCCCGCAGAUCUCUCGAGCUGGAAAUGAAGAACCGGUGGUUCUCAGAGGAGCCAGCUGAGAUCCACACCAUCCACUACCUCGGCCGCAAGCCCUGGCAGUGCUACCGCGACUUUGACUGCACAUGGCUGUACCCAUAUGACCAUGCUUAUGCUAAUGAAGCAGCGCAUCAAAGGUGGUGGAAGAUGCAUGAUGAGAUGGCAGAGGGCCUGCAGGAGCACUGCUGGUUGCGGAACAUUCACAAGGCGGAGAUUGAGUUCCGCAUGAGGAAGCUUAAAGCCCAGAACGCGCCGGCGGCGUUUUGGGAUUUCGAGGUGAAGGAUCCGAGGCGGGAGGCGUGCAUGCCCGGGCAGAUCUCGUGUGAUUGGAUGGACUAUUUGAACCACUGGAAGGAUGGAGACGCGUGA